AUGACAAAAACAAGGAUCCUGUCAGAAUUCAACAAGAGAAAGAGAAGGCAGAAGCUAAAAAAGCUGCUUUGGAAGCAAAGAAAAAAGAGGAACAAGAAAGGGAACAACAUGCUCAACAAGAAGCCCAGCAACAACAGCAGCAACAACAACAACAACAACAACAACAGCAGCAGCAGCAGCAACAACAGCAACAACAGCAGCAAGUACAACAACACCAGCAGCAGCAAGUACAACAAGUUCAAGUACAACAACAUCAACAAAUGCAAAAUCAAGUUGGACGAUGGCAACUUGCGCCCGCGGCCGUCCGCAUCGUCGCCUCUGAAAUUAACCGACACUUUGCGGUAUGAAGUUUUGGAAGUGCUGCGC